GGCCCUCGUUUCCCUUGUCCCCUUGGAUGCGCGCCGGCCUCGACUGACGUCCCCCCUGCUCGUUCCUGAUCUGGGUUCCAUAAAUUCCUCAAAUUAAAAUCAAAUCAAUAUGUCAGAGGCACAGGAACCGCGGAUACAGCCAUUGGCACAAGCUCAGGCAGAGGUACAGAUACAGGCAAAGGGACAGGCACAGGCACAGGCACAGGCACGCACGUCGUCUCAACCACAACCUGUCCUUGCUCUUCCUGAUAUUGUUAACAAGGACACAAGUAGCAGUAGUCAUGGCACCAAUUUACCUGCUCUUGUGAGUAGUAAUCUGCCUGCCAUUUCCGCAUUGGACAGAAACCCGUCACAGCGGUCACAAGCCCCCGGCGAGAGCGAGACACAUACGCAACCUUCACCCGCGACGCACGAUCAAGCUCGAGCACAUGAUACGAAGCCAGAAGAGCACUACUAUCAGCAAGAGAACCUGCGACUAGAGGGGGUAGGCUCGGUAACCAAUCCACAAAAGUUGCAUGGAGUGAUUGAGGCUGUCGGAGCAAGAGAAGCAGAGAAAGACGUUAAUAUCCCGGCGGCGGACGUGAACAAAUUCACUCUGAAGAUAUUUCCAUCAUUGCCACCAAUCUCUGAAACGAUUCCGACCCCGACUAAUCAUACUACACUUCUUGCACCUACUGUCUCUACCGACCCCUCCAGCGCAAGCUCAGGCUCGGCCCCGACUUCAGACCCGACACAUUCCAACGUCGUGCCUGCUGAAGUCCACGGCACACUGCAGACGGGCUCGGCGCCAUUGCCUCCUAACCCACCACCAGCCAUGUCGAACCCGCCACAUCAUCCAGGUCAUGGAAGACCGCCUGUCGGGUUUCCGAGCCCAACAUACGGUUCGCAGGGCAUAUAUGGCUAUGGAAGCCCCUCUGGCGCCACUGGCGAUCCAUAUCGUGGUCAUCCGGGCGGUCACCAACCUAUGUCACUACCGAGCAUGCGCACCUUCGACCCGGUACAGCAGCAGCAGGCGCAACAGGCCCCGAUGGCACAACAAAUGAUGCAAGUGCAGGCCAGCAUGCCUCCAUACUACGGACAUGCGGUUCCUCUCGCAGGGAAUCCGUACAGCUUGCCGCCAGAAGCCAUGGGGUCAAGAUACGCACUGCCACCGUCCGAUCCCAGGUUUCUAGGCAAUCCCCGCAACAAGAAGGAGAUCAAACGUCGAACGAAAACGGGCUGCUUGACAUGCCGCAAGCGCAGGAUAAAGUGCGACGAACAGCAUCCUGUUUGCAAGAAUUGCCAAAAGUCUAAGCGCGAAUGUUUAGGUUACGACCCAAUCUUCAAGCAACAGCAGCAGCAUCCUAGCAACAUACAACCAGCACUAAAUAGCAGCCAUCCGGCACCUGCUACCUCUGUUCCUUCCAACGGUCCUCCGCUGCCGUCACCAUCGGCGUCGACAGCUCCAAGCAGCACCGCUACGUACGGCUCGCUGCCUUCUGUCCUGCCCAGCUCCUACAACUCUGGCGCAUCAUCCACAAGCAACACCCCUGCGAACGCAUAUGAAUCAAGCCAUUCCGCCCCUCCCCCAACUGUGAAGAACGAGCCCUUUGAGUACGGCGGCCCUGCCAUAGAUCCUGCCUUGGAUAGUGUGGGUGCACCUCCGACCAAGAAAAUGCGCGUCGAUGAUCUCAUAAACUGGAGUCAUCCUCCGCCUCCUAAGCCUAAGGUCUUUCCCGACCAGCCUAAACUGGAUGAGAUUCGCGGUCUGUAUGAGGAGAUAUAUGCUUCCGGUCUGGAAGGUUUCUUUGAGACGAAGUGGUAUACUGAAGAAUGGACCGGCAACCGUCUAAUGCUCCAAGAUUCGACUCUGGAAAUGCUGGCAGGAUUUCUCAGUGUUGUGGGGAAGGCAGAGCAGAACAACCAAGCCGCCAUGAACGAGCCCGCCAACGUUGAGUUUCGUGUGGUCUGGGAUUUAGCUUGUCUAGCCCUUACGAGCGAGGCCAAGAUCAAUCCGCCUAGUGUCAUUCCUCCGGACAACGAUCCAGCGGAGGCACGAAAUCGCGUCGUCGUUAUUGAUGCGUUACUGUCUGGCGAGAUUCUCGGAAAUAAUCCAUUGGUGCGCCCACCUCCAACUGGCGAUUAUCACCGCGUCAGAGAACUCGAUUUCUGGUAUCAUUUAGGCGAGUUUUGUCGCGUUGAGCCGGUUGGGGACCCACCCAAUCCAGAUAUUCUAUCUCAACGCGAUCAAAUCCUGAGCAGGAUACGCAUGUUGCUUGACGGGAGGGAGAAUCGUGACGUCCUUUAUUCCAUCGCAAUCAUGCGGGCUCUCUCGCCAGAUUACCCUUCAGAUUUUGAGAGCACGCUUCCACAACACUUGGACGAGAACGACCCAAAGAGUAAACUAUCAGUCGCCCGUAAAUUUGUACAGGACGAAGCCAAGGUCACAGGCGGAACUACAAACAUUGUUCGACGAUUCUCCGAGCUGGCAGUCAUAGCAUUCAUCAGUCCAGGCGCCAAUGUCGCGCGACGCAGAUGGAACACCACGGAUACGUCACCUCACUAAUCAUGCCGUUAUUGCUUCAUUCUUCAUCACCGCAGCGUUGCAUUCCAGCAGCUCCAGUCUGCAUUAUACCAUUUGGCCAUUUUCCUUUGCGACUGCCUCGUUUUAAGGCUUUCAUGACCUUUAAAUUCUUGCAAGGCGCACACUCGAGCCUGGAUGUUUCAUCACGAUUCCAUCAAAUCCCAGUCAUCGACAGAUCUUUACGACUUUUGUGUCAUUCCAUCUCGACACUGUA